AUGGCGAAUCUGUUUGUGUGCUUCUUGCUCCUUGCAGGGUUUGCCAGAGGACAGGUGAAGAUCGGCUUUGACGAACCCGCAAUAGAUGAGAAUGCAUGCCCUGAAUAUGGCAAAUGGAGCACUCAGCGACAUGCACCAUAUACCGACGGCCUGUACAAUCUCACGAACAUGCGACCUGAGCCUCGAUGCAGGAAUUUCAACAGCUCCGUGGUCGAAAAAGCAAUCAAGAAGAUAUCGACAGACAUUACAGAUCCGGACCUCAGAAUGCUCUUUACGAAUGCCUAUCCCAAUACCCUGGACACUACUGUGAGCUGGAAAGGGACCUCCAAAGAGAAUCCGGACGAAGAACUCGCUUUUGUGAUCACUGGAGACAUUCCCGCAAUGUGGCUCCGUGACUCUGCCAAUCAGUUGCUAUCGUAUGCGCCAUUGUUGGAAGCCUCCUCAAGUAAAGACUCUCUAGCAUCUCUCUUCCGAGGCGUUAUCAACCAACAAGCGCGGUACUUGCAAAUAUCGCCCUAUUGCAAUGCCUUUCAGCCUCCGCCAGAAUCGGGCCAGCCUCACAGGAACAACGGUGCGUACGGCGGUUGGAAGAUCGAACCUCAGUACAGCACCGAAGUGGUCUUUGAAUGCAAAUGGGAACUGGACAGUGUAGCAGCUUUCCUACAACUCUCACACACCUACUUUGAAAAGACUCACGACCUGGAAUUCUUUGGCAGAUUUGGCUGGACCAAAGCUGUUGAAUCUGUCCUUUCAGUUGCUGAGAGCAUGCGGGAUCAUACAACAUACAAUGAAGAUGGUACACAAGCAACCUCGCCCUAUACGUUCCAUCACGACUUCAUCAAUCACAAUCAAGGCAAUCCCACGGCGGCUGGCACGGGACUUAUCCGUUCAUUGUUUCGGCCAUCUGACGACCCUGUGCUCUAUCAAUUAUUCAUCCCGGCGAACAUGCAAUUCUCACGCUUCGCUGGGUUAUGCGCAAGAAUAGUAGACAAGCUUGGAAAUGCUCCGGAUCUUGCCAAGCGAAUGAGUGAUUUGUCCGUUAGUGUGAAAGCAGCGGUCAAAGGGCAUGGCAUCGUCCACACAAAGCAGCACGGGGACGUCUAUGCUUUCGAGGUCGAUGGCUACGGCGGGAGCAAUGUCAUGGAUGAUUCGAACUCGCCCUCGCUUCUGUCAGCACCUUUCUUCGGAUUUCUAGAUGUUCAGGAUCCUGUCUAUCAGGCAACUCGCAAACGGGUGCUAAGCAUCUACAAUCCUUACUGGAUGCAUGGACCGGUCAUCAGUGCUGUCGGUGGCCCACACCAUGGAAUGGAGAUGGCAUGGCCCAUGGCUGCCAUAGUUCGCAUUCUGACUUCCAGCAACGACGCCGAGAUCAUUCAACAACUACAGCAGCUGGUGAGCAGUACGGAUGGCUAUGGUCUGAUUCAUGAGAGUGUUAGAUCGAAUAAUGCCUCGGACUGGACACGAUCUUGGUUCGCGUGGGCAAAUGGCCUGUUCGGAGAAUGCAUACUCGACCUUCAUGCACGCAGACCGGAGAUCUUGAAACGAAGCUUCCAGCAGGUUCCCGGAAAGGACAACGACRAUGUUGGGGCAGCAGUGGACCAAUCCAUUCCAAAGCCAGCACUCUCAGUUGGACAUCCCGACGGGAAGCAGAUGGAAGGCGAUGAAGAAGAAGAUCAUCACAUCCACGCUGUACCUCAUGGCCUUCAUCCUGGUAGCCUUUCGGAUAUGCAUUGGUUCUGGUACAUGACGGGCGCUCUCGCGGUUGGAUCACUAUUGUUGCUCCUUGUGCUUCGGAAGGCGUGGUCUGCGCGGGGAGGACCUGGUGGUCCGGCUUUCAUCAGACGAUGA